CCUGAGCCCCCCCCCCCCCCCCGCCCCCUCUCUCUCUGCUGCGGCUCAUCCCUGUCCAUAGCAGCAUGCUGGUAUGUUUGCUAGCAGCGGCAUGAUGGAAGUGAAGGAGAGACGUCCGUACUGCUCGCUGACCAAGAGCCGCAAGGACAAAGAGAGACCUUACACCGGUUCUUCAGGGGACAGUGAAGACUGUGGUUUUGGCUCCCAGGUGCCUCGGGUCCCCACUCAGAAGUCCUACUCAUCCAGUGAAACACUCAAGGCUUUUGACCAGCACCAAGACCAGGCCAGGUUACUGUACGGGACAACCAGGGGACACAAGGACAUGGUGCACCGGGAACAGGAUGAUUAUACCAGACAAGGUCAGAAUUUCAAUCUCCGCCAGCUGGGCAUCUGCGAGCCGCCGGCCCGCCGCGGCCUCACCUUCUGCUCCGACAUGGGCCUCCCCCACCGCGGCUACUCCGUGGGCGUGGCCCAGGACCUCGACGGCGACAGCCAGGCCGUGAUGUCACCGGAGCGCGCCAUGCGGCCUUGGGGCCGCGGGGGUCUGGGCAAGUCGUCGGGGCGGAGCUCCUGUUUGUCGAGCCGCUCCAACUCCGUGCUGACACUGACCGACACGGAGCACGACAACAAGUCGGACAGCGACAACGCUUCUCCCAUGCCCUCCCCCUCCUGUACGCCAUCUGUCAUUGACCAAUCACAGCCCCCAUCGCCUCAUCCACAUGACAACCCGUUGCUAGGCAACACGGCAGAGCCCGACUCAGAGGAGGAAGAGGAAGCGGAGGAAGAUGAGGAAUACGACGCUCGCUUGUACCUGCAUGUAACAAAUGAGCAACCGCCCAAUCACCACGGCUCUGCCUUGCCUCCGGUCCCGCCCCCUCACCGCCAGCAGCCCUCGGUGACGGCUCUCAACCAAUCCCUGAGCUCCGCACACCACGCCGGUCAAUCCCUGAAUUCAACGCGGCAGUUAGCCCCUCCUACUGGAAGUCCGGCCAACGCGGCCGGCCAAUCACCAGCCGAGCUGCAGACCACGCCUCCCGAGAGCGUCCCGCUGCAAGACAGCUGGGUGCUGGGUAGCAAUGUGCCUCUGGAAACAAGGCACUUCCUCUUUAAGACAGGCACAGGCACCACUCCCCUCUUCUCCACAGCGACCCCCGGCUAUACCAUGGCGACGGGCUCCGUCUACUCGCCGCCCACCCGGCCGCUGCCAAGGAACACCUUAUCACGCUCUGCCUUCAAGUUCAAGAAAUCCUCCAAGUACUGCUCAUGGAGGUGUACCGCCCUUAGUGCAGUAGGACUGUCGGUGCUGCUCUCUAUACUUCUGUGUUACUGCAUAGCGAUGCACCUGUUCGGACUAAACUGGCAGCUGCAGGAGAGUGAGGGAUAUGGAGCGUUUGAAAACGGAGGAGGAGGAGGAGGAGGAGGAGGAAGAGAUACAACUCCUAACACAUUCAUGGUGUCCACAGACAACGGCAAGAUGUUUCUUCUAGAGAACAACACCAUAGACAUAGGAGAGGUGGAUGUAGGGCGGCGAGCAAUACAGGACGUCCCACCUGGUAUCUUUUGGCGGUCACAGCUAUAUAUCGACCAACCCCAGUUCUUGAAAUUCAACAUCUCAGUCCAAAGAGACGCUCUCGUUGGAGUGUAUGGGCGCAAGGGCUUACCCCCCUCUCACACACAGUAUGACUUCGUAGAGCUCCUGGAUGGCAGCCGUCUCAUCUCCAAGGAAAAGCGAGCCCUCGGCGAUGCCGACACCACACGUGCACGCUCGCUGAGCGCGCACGAGGAGGAAGGCAUCGGAGGGACCCGGCGUGCGCGGUCGGUGAGCGUGCACGAGGCCGGCUUCAUUCAGUAUUUGGACACAGGCAUCUGGCAUCUGGCGUUUUACAACGACGGACGCAAUACAGAACAAGUGUCCUACAACACCGUUCUCAUAGAGUCGAUUAUGGAGUGUCCUCAGAAUUGCCAUGGAAACGGAGAUUGUCUCUCAGGAACGUGUCACUGUUUCCCAGGGUUCCUUGGACCGGACUGCUCUAGAGCCGCCUGUCCGGUGCUGUGCAGUGGGAAUGGGCAGUAUUCCCGGGGGCGCUGCCAGUGCUACAGCGGGUGGAAGGGCACCGAGUGCGACGUACCGGCGAACCAGUGUAUCGACAUCCACUGCGGAGGGCACGGAAUAUGCAUCAUGGGCACCUGCAUCUGCAACACGGGCUACAAGGGGGAUAACUGUGAAGAAGUGGACUGCAUAGACCCCAGCUGUUCCUCCCAUGGGGUGUGUAUUCACGGCGAGUGCCACUGUCAGUCAGGCUGGGGCGGGGCCAGUUGUGAGAUUGCCAAGGCCAUGUGUCCCGACCAGUGCUCGGGUCACGGCACCUACAGCGCAGAGAGCGGUACCUGUACCUGUGACCAGAGCUGGACCGGACCCGACUGUUCCUUAGAGGUGUGCGAGGUGGACUGCGGCAGCCACGGGGUGUGCUAUGGCGGCGUGUGUCGGUGCGAGGAGGGCUGGACAGGAAGUGUGUGUGACCAGAAGGCUUGCCACCCGCUUUGCACCAAGAACGGAGUGUGUAAGGAUGGCAAGUGUGAGUGCGACCAAGGAUGGACCGGAGAACAUUGUAAUAUUGAGGGUUGUCCAGGUCUCUGUAACAACAACGGACGUUGUACCCUGGAAGUCAGCGGCUGGCACUGCGUCUGUCAGUCAGGAUGGAGAGGGGCCGGCUGUCACGUCGCCAUGGAAACGCUCUGCACAGACGGCAAGGACAACGAAGGAGAUGGUCUUGCUGAUUGCAUGGAUCCAGAUUGCUGUCUGCAGCCCUCCUGUCAGAGCCAGUCAUAUUGCAGCGGGUCACCUGAUCCAGUGGACGUGCUCAACCAGUCUCCAUCCUCACUGGCUCCUCAGCAGGCGGCCAGGUCAUUCUACCAACGCAUCCACUUCCUGCUUGGUCCCGAAACCACCCACGUCAUCAGUGGAGACAAUCCAUUCAACAAGAGCUUGGUGUCCAUAAUUCGUGGUCAGGUGUUGACAGCCGAUGGAACGCCGCUCAUCGGAGUUAAUGUGACAUUCGUCCACUACCCAGAACACGGAUACACGGUGACACGCAAGGAUGGAAUGUUUGACCUCCUGGCCAAUGGCGGCGCCUCCCUGACGUUGGGUUUUGAGCGGGCUCCAUUCCUGACCCAGUACCGGACCGUCUGGGUGCCGUGGAACGUUUUCUAUGUCAUGGACACGCUCGUCAUGAAGAAGGAGGAGAACGACAUCCCGAGCUGUGAUCUGAGCGGCUUCGUCAGACCCAACCCUGUCAUCGUGGCUUCGCCCCUGUCUACCUGUUAUAGAAGUUCACCUGAGGAUGGUCCUAUUUUACCCGAGACACAGAAUGGGACUGUGGCGUUGACCAGUGUGCCGGGCUAUGUGGCGUUGACCAGUGUGCCGGGCUAUGUGGUGUUGACCAGUGUGCCGGGCUAUGUGGUGUUGACCAGUGUGCCGGGCUAUGUGGCGUUGACCAGUGUGCCAGGCUAUGUGGCGUUGACCGGUGUGCCGGGCUAUGUGGCGUUGACCGGUGUGCAGGGCUAUGUGGCGUUGACCCGUGUGCCAGGCUAUGUGGCGUGGACCCCUGUGCCGGGUUACGUGGCGUGGACCAGUGUGCCGGGCUAUGUGGCGUGGACCCCUGUGCCGGGUUACGUGGCGUGGACCAGUGUGCCGGGCUAUGUGGCGUUGACUGGUGUGCCGGGCUAUGUGGCGUGGACCAGUGUGCCGGGCUAUGUGGCGUUGACUGGUGUGCCGGGCUAUGUGGCGUUGACUGGUGUGCCGGGCUAUGUGGCGUUGACUGGUGUGCCGGGCUAUGUGGCGUUGACUGGUGUGCCGGGCUAUGUGGCGUUGACUGGUGUGCCGGGCUACGUGGCGUUGACUGGUGUGCCGGGCUAUGUGGCGUUGACUGGUGUGCAGGGCUACGUGGCGUUGACUGGUGUGCCGGGCUAUGUGGCGUGGACCCCUGUGCCGGGUUACGUGGCGUGGACCAGUGUGCCGGGCUACGUGGCGUUGACUGGUGUGCCGGGCUAUGUGGCGUUGACUGGUGUGCCGGGCUAUGUGGCGUUGACUGGUGUGCCGGGCUUAGUCCUCACUGACGCACACGUCACCGGUCACUUCCGGCACGUCACCGGUCACUUCCAGCACGUCACCGGUCACUUCCAGCACGUCACCGGUCACUUCCGUCACGUCACCGGUCACUUCCAGCACGUCACCGGUCACUUCCAGCACGUCACCGGUCACUUCCGGCACGUCACCGGUCACUUCCAGCACGUCACCGGUCACUUCCAGCACGUCACCGGUCACUUCCGGCACGUCACCGGUCACUUCCGGCACGUCACCGGUCACUUCCGGCACGUCACCGGUCACUUCCAGCACGUCACCGGUCACUUCCGGCACGUCACCGGUCACUUCCGUCACUCCACCGUUCACUUCCGUCACUCCACCGUUCACUUCCGUCACUCCACCGGUCACUUCCGGUACGUCACCGGUCACUUCCGGCACGUCACCGGUCACUUCCGUCACUCCACCGGUCACUUCCGUCACGUCACCGGUCACUUCUGUCACUCCACCGGUCACUUCCAGCACGUCACCGGUCACUUCCGACACUCCACCUGUCACUUCCGUCACGUCACCGGUCACUUCUGUCACUCCACCGGUCACUUCCAGCACGUCACCGGUCACUUCCGUCACUCCACCGGUCACUUCCGGCACGUCACCUGUCACUUCCGGCACGUCACCGGUCACUUCCGUCACUCCACCUGUCACUUCCGGCACGUCACCUGUCACUUCCGGCACGUCACCGGUCACUUCCGUCACGUCACCGGUCACUUCCGACACUCCACCGGUCACUUCCGGCACGUCACCGGUCACUUCCGUCACGUCACCGGUCACUUUCGUCACGUCACCGGUCACUUCCGUCACUCCACCUGUCACUUCCGUCACUCCACCAGUCACUUCCGUCACUCCACCUGUCACUUCCGGCACGUCACCGGUCACUUCCGUCACUCCACCGGUCACUUCCGUCACUCCACCGGUCACUUCCGUCACUCCACCUGUCACUUCCGUCACUCCACCUGUCACUUCCGGCACGUCACCGGUCACUUCCGUCACUCCACCGGUCACUUCCGUCACUCCACCGGUCACUUCCGUCACUCCACCUGUCACUUCCGUCACUCCACCGUUCACUUCCGUCACUCCACCGGUCACUUCCGGUACGUCACCGGUCACUUCCGGCACGUCACCGGUCACUUCCGUCACUCCACCGGUCACUUCCGUCACGUCACCGGUCACUUCUGUCACUCCACCGGUCACUUCCAGCACGUCACCGGUCACUUCCGACACUCCACCUGUCACUUCCGUCACGUCACCGGUCACUUCUGUCACUCCACCGGUCACUUCCAGCACGUCACCGGUCACUUCCGUCACUCCACCGGUCACUUCCGGCACGUCACCUGUCACUUCCGGCACGUCACCGGUCACUUCCGUCACUCCACCUGUCACUUCCGGCACGUCACCUGUCACUUCCGGCACGUCACCGGUCACUUCCGUCACGUCACCGGUCACUUCCGACACUCCACCGGUCACUUCCGGCACGUCACCGGUCACUUCCGUCACGUCACCGGUCACUUUCGUCACGUCACCGGUCACUUCCGUCACUCCACCUGUCACUUCCGUCACUCCACCAGUCACUUCCGUCACUCCACCUGUCACUUCCGGCACGUCACCGGUCACUUCCGUCACUCCACCGGUCACUUCCGUCACUCCACCGGUCACUUCCGUCACUCCACCUGUCACUUCCGUCACUCCACCGGUCACUUCCGUCACUCCACCGGUCACUUCCGUCACUCCACCGGUCACUUCCGACACUCCACCGGUCACUUCCGGCACGUCACCGGUCACUUCCGUCAUUCCACCGGUCACUUCCGUCACGUCACCGGUCACUUCCAGCACGUCACCGGUCACUUCCGUCACUCCACCAGUCACUUCCGUCACUCCACCUGUCACUUCCGGCACGUCACCGGUCACUUCCGGCACGUCACCUGUCACUUCCGUCACUCCACCGGUCACUUCCGUCACUCCACCGGUCACUUCCGUCACUCCACCGGUUACUUCCGUCACUCCACCUGUCACUUCCGGCACGUCACCGGUCACUUCCGUCACUCCACCGGUCACUUCCGUCACUCCACCGGUCACUUCCGUCACUCCACCGGUCACUUCCGUCACUCCACCGGUCACUUCCGUCACUCCACCUGUCACUUCCGGCACGUCACCGGUCACUUCCGUCACGUCACCGGUCACUUCCGUCACUCCACCGGUCACUUCCGUCACUCCACCGGUCACUUCCGUCACUCCACCGGUCACUUCCGUCACUCCACCGGUCACUUCCGUCACGUCACCUGUCACUUCCGGCACGUCACCUGUCACUUCCGCACGUCACCUGUCACUUCCGGUAUCCUGUACAAGGGCAACGGAGAGAACGUCUUUAUUUCCCAGCAGCCCCCAGUCAUCAGCAGCAUUAUGGGUAAUGGCCGUCGUCGCAGUAUCUCGUGUCCCAGCUGUAAUGGACAGGCGGAGGGCAACAAGCUGUUGGCACCUUUGGCGCUAGCAUGUGGCGCCGACGGCAGCAUCUUCGUCGGAGACUUCAACUACAUCAGGAGGAUCUUCCCCUCUGGGAACGUCACCAGUGUCAUGGAGCUGAGCAACAACCCGGCCCACCGUUACUACGUGGCGACCGACCCGGUGACGGGACAGCUCUACGUGUCGGACACCAACUCCCGCCGGAUUUACAGACCCAAGAUGCUCAGCGGCACCCGCGAGCUCAUCGGUAAUGGGGAGGUCGUGGCUGGUACAGGUGAACAGUGCCCUCCGUUUGAUGAAGCUCGAUGUGGAGAUGGAAGAAAAGCUACUGAAGCACAGCUGCUGGGACCCAAAGGUAUUACAGUGGAUAAGAAUGGCUUCAUCUAUUUCGUGGAUGGGACAAUGAUCAGAAAAGUGGACCGUAAUGGAAUCAUUUCUACAUUGCUGGGGAGCAACGAUCUGACGUCAGCGCGGCCUCUCACCUGCGACACCAGCAUGCACAUCAGACAGGUUCGUUUGGAGUGGCCCACCGAUCUCGCCAUCAACCCCAUGGAUAACUCCAUCUAUGUGCUGGACAACAACGUCGUGCUGCAGAUCACCGAAAACAGACAGGUGCGUAUAGUGGCGGGGCGUCCCAUGCAUUGCCAGGUGCCUGGGAUAGAAUACACCAUGGGGAAGCGAGCGGUGCAGACCAUGCUGGAGGGGGCCACAGCCAUCGCCUUGUCCUACAGCGGCGUCCUCUACAUCGCCGAGACCGACGAGAAGAAGAUCCACCGCAUUCGGCAGGUGUCGACAGAUGGGGAAAUCACUCAUUUAGCUGGAACGCCGUCCGAGUGCGACUGCAAGAAUGAUGCCAACUGUGAUUGCUACCAGACAGGAGAUGGCUAUGCUAAAGAUGCUCGGCUAAACUGUCCUUCUUCUUUGGUGGUGUCUCCGGAUGGGACUCUGUACGUUGCCGAUCUGGGAAACAUCAGGAUACGAGCCAUACGCCGCAACCAACCGCCUACAGGCUCUCUGGCAUCAGGGCCCAGCUCUUAUGAAGUAGCGUCCCCUGCCUCUCAGGAGCUCUAUGUGUUUGAUGCCAAUGGAACUCAUCAAUUCACAAUGUCCCUGGUCACUGGAGAUUAUAAAUACAACUUCAGUUACAGCAACGAGGAGGAUGUAACCGCGGUGACGGACAGCAGCGGCAACACCCUCCGUAUCCGCAGAGACACCAAUAGGAUGCCUGUGCGUGUGGUCGCCCCGGACAACCAGGUCAUUUGGCUGACCAUCGGUACGAACGGUGGUCUGAAGACCCUCACCGCUCAGGGCCAGGAGCUGGUGUUGUUCAGUUACCACGGCAACAGCGGCCUGCUUGCCACUAAGAGCGUCCAAAUAGGAUGGACUACCUUCUAUGACUAUGACGGCGAGGGUCGUCUCACCAAUGUGACCUUCCCCACGGGCGUGGUGACCAAUCUCCAUGGUGACAUGUCGUCGGGGGCCGUCGCCGUGGACAUCGAGACGUCAGGGCGGGAUGAGGACGUGUCCAUCACCACCAACCUGUCCUCCAUAGACUCCUUCUACACACUCGUACAGGACCAGCUUCGUAACAGUUACCAGGUGGGUAAUGACCAUUCUCUAAGGGUCAUCUACGCCAAUGGGAUGGACACCCAUUACCAGACCGAGCCGCAUAUUCUGGCAGGUGCCGCCAACCCAACCAUAGCACGGCGGAACAUGACGCUGCCGGGAGAGAACGGCCAGAACCUGGUGGAGUGGCGAUUCAGGAAGGAGCAGACGCGAGGAAAAGUCAUAGUGUUUGGCAGGAAACUCAGGGUGAACGGUAGGAACCUGCUGUCAGUGGAUUACGACCGAACGCUGCGGACGGAGAAGAUUUACGACGACCACAGAAAGUUCCUGCUGAAGAUCAUUUACGACACCCAAGGCCAUCCGACUCUCUGGGUCCCCAGCAGCAAGCUGCUCUCCGUGAACUUGACAUAUUCCAGCACGGGCCAAGUGACAGGUCUGCAGAGGGGUCCAACCACAGAGAAGUGGGAAUACGACAGCCAGGGGAGAAUUGUGUCGCGGGUCUUUGCUGAUGGGAAGACCUGGAGCUACACCUACCUGGACAAGGCCAUGGUGCUGCUCCUCCACAGCCAGCGGCAGUACAUCUUCGACUUUGACUCCGGGGAUCGCCUGUCAGCGGUCACCAUGCCCAGCGUGGCUCGCCACACCGUGCAGACCGUCCGGUCCAUCGGCUACUACAGGAACAUCUACAGCCCCCCCGAGAGCAACGCCUCCGUCACCGUCGACUACUCCGAAGACGGGCAGCUGCUGAGGGUUGCCCAUCACGGCACCGGCCGCCGUAUUCUCUACAAGUACCGCAGACAGAACAAGUUGGCAGAGAUCCUGUACGACUCGACGCGGGUCAGCUUCACCUACGAUGAAACGGCCGGCGUGCUGAAGACGGUUAACCUGCAGAGCGAAGGCUUCAUCUGCUCCAUACGCUACCGGCAGAUCGGCCCCCUGGUGGACCGGCAGAUAUUCCGCUUCAGCGAGGACGGCAUGGUGAACGCGCGGUUUGACUACACCUACGACAACAGCUUCCGGGUCACCAGCAUGCAGGCCGUGAUCAACGAGACGCCGCUGCCCAUCGACCUCUACCAGUUUGAUGACAUCUCGGGGAAAGUGGAGCAGUUUGGGAAGUUUGGGGUCAUCUACUAUGAUAUCAAUCAGAUCAUCUCCACGGCGGUGAUGACCUACACCAAGCACUUUGACCAGCAUGGCCGGAUCAAAGAGAUCCAGUACGAGAUCUUCAGGUCUCUGAUGUACUGGAUCACCAUUCAGUACGACAACAUGGGCAGAGUCACCAAGCGUGAGAUCAAGAUUGGUCCAUUUGCCAACACUACCAAAUAUGGAUACGAGUACGACGUUGAUGGACAGCUGCAGGCCGUCUACCUCAACGAGAAGAUGAUGUGGAGGUAUAACUACGACCUGAAUGGAAACCUGCACCUACUGAACCCGGGGAACAGCGCUCGGCUAACCCCGCUACGUUACGACCUGCGAGACAGAAUAACCCGACUGGGAGACGUUCAGUACAAACUGGAUGAAGACGGCUUCUUAAGACAGAGAGGGGCCGAGAUUUUUGAGUACAACUCUAAAGGUCUCCUCGUGCGUGUCUACAGUAAAGCGGCCAGUUGGACCAUACAGUACCGUUACGAUGGUUUGGGUCGGCGUGUGGCGUCCAGGAACAGCCUGGGCCAGCAUCUGCAGUUCUUCUACGCUGACCUGAACCACCCGACCAGAAUCACCCACGUCUACAACCACUCCAGCUCCGAGAUCACAUCGCUGUACUACGAUUUACAGGGCCAUCUGUUUGCAAUGGAAAUCAGCAGCGGAGAUGAGUUUUACAUCGCAUGCGACAACACCGGCACCCCGCUAGCGGUCUUCAGCAGCAACGGACUGCUGCUUAAACAGGUGCAGUACACGGCCUAUGGCGAGGUGUAUUUUGACUCAAAUCCAGACUUUGUGCUGGUCAUCGGGUUCCAUGGAGGCCUGUACGACCCUCUGACGCGGCUGCUGCAUUUCGGAGACAGAGACUAUGACAUUCCCGCCGGGAGGUGGACCACGCCAGAUAUCGGCAUGUGGACGCAAGUGGGUAAAGACCCUCAGCCUUUCAACCUCUACAUGUUCAGAAACAACAACCCUGUCAGCAAGAUUCACCAGGUGAAGGAAUACGUCACAGAUGUGAACAUUUGGUUGGUCACGUUUGGCUUCCACCUCCAUAAUGCCAUUCCAGGAUUCCCCAUUCCGAAGUUUGAUCUGACUCAGCCGUCGCUGGAGCUGAAGAAGAGUCAGCUGUGGGACGACCUGCCGUCUAUCUCAGGCAUCCAGCAAGAGGUCACUCGCCAGUCUCGAGCCUUCCUGUCAUUUGAGCGCAUGCCGGAGAUCCAGGUCAGCCGGCGGCAUUCGGACCACACCAAACCUUGGCUCUGGUUCGCCACCGUCAAGUCUCUCAUCGGCAAGGGGGUCAUGCUCGCCGUGACCCAAGGCCGUGUGGUGACCAACGCUCUAAACAUCGCAAACGAGGACUGCAUCAAAGUGGCUGCGGUCUUAAACAAUGCCUUCUACUUAGAGGACCUCCAUUUUACUGUGGAGGGUCGUGACACGCACUACUUCAUCAAAACAAGCCUCCCCGAGAAUGACCUCGGAGCACUGCGGCUCACCUCGGGCAGGAAGUCGCUGGAAAACGGCGUGAACGUUACAGUAUCUCAGUCCACGACAGUCGUGAAUGGACGAACACGCCGGUUUGCAGACGUGGAGCUGCAGUACGGUGCGUUGGCGCUCCAUGUGCGCUACGGAAUGACGCUGGAUGAAGAAAAAGCGCGCAUUCUGGAGCAGGCUCGACAGAGGGCGCUGUCCAGCGCGUGGGCCCGGGAGCAGCAGCGAGUAAGGGACGGGGAGGAAGGAGUGCGGCUGUGGACAGAGGGGGAGAAAAGGCAGCUGCUGAGUAGUGGGAAGGUUUUGGGCUACGACGGCUACUAUGUGCUGUCCAUAGAGCAGUACCCAGAGUUAGCUGACAGUGCUAACAACGUCCAGUUCCUCCGCCAGAGCGAGAUAGGAAAGAGGUAACACGGCAAUGGCAGCAACAACAAACACAAAAUGGCCACCUUCGAUGGCCGUCGAGAAGACUUUUAAAACUUAUUAUAACAUGGCAAACAGAAAUGGCUAUUACAGAGGCCAGACAAUCCUGGGACUCAAACAUGGCCACCGAAGAGACUGUCCCCAUUUGCAAUUUUGUUUUGAUUUCAAGGACGAUGAAGUAAGAUUUCUAGAAUGAUGGACGGUGUAACAAUCAUUUAGCAAAUAACCCCGAGAGUGUUGCAAACAUUACGAACAUGCCAGUGGUAAACACUACACGAGCCUGCAAAAGUCUGGGGCCUUCCCCUCGUGUGUUCUUUUCCCG